AUGGUCAUCAAAAGUCUCAAGGGUAAAUCAAAUGCCAGCGCUCGUUGGGUACGUCGACAAUGGAGUGAUCCUGUCGUAAAGCAAGCGAAACGUGAAGGUCUUCGUUCUCGUGCGGCCUUGAAAUUGCGUGAGCUCAACGAUCGGUAUCAGCUAUUGAGACGAGGCGAUUUGGUACUGGACUUAGGUGCAGCACCCGGUGGUUGGACCCAAGUGGCAGCGGAGACCACAGCAUUAAAGAGCAAUAGAAAACAGCAGAAUUCGAGUCAACCGACAGUUGUGGCCGUGGAUCUCAAACAUUUUGACCCCGUCCAAGGUGCGGUAAGUGUGAUAGGCGAUUUUAGACAAACGGGGGUGAGGAAGCAGCUGAAUGAAGCCUUAAGAGGACGCAAGGCCGAUGUGGUGCUUAGUGAUAUGGCUCCGUCCUUCUCGGGCAACUUGUUCAUGGACAGUCAGCACCAGUUGCGAUUGUGUCACAAUGCGCUCAAGAUGGCAGGACUCUUUUUGCGACCUGGGGGGCAUUUUGUGACAAAGAUUCUACGCUGCGAUGGUUCGGAAGAGUUUCGAGCGGAUCUUAAAGAAGUAUUUGAUGUGGUGAAAGCCAUGAAACCUCCGUCUUCCAGGUCCGAGUCUACGGAGAUAUUCAUGGUGGCCAAAGGUUUUCAAGGUCUUGAUUCCAAUAAGGAUCAACACAGUAUCAGUAGAGAGGAAUGA